AUGACUGGCUGGACGUACAAUACGCCUGACGAUGUACCGACUGAUGGACCACGAAUAACGGCAGUUUGCCUGACUUUUACCAUCAUUGCGCUCUUAUUGGUUUGUUUGCGGUGGUAUGUCCGGACAACGCUUGUCAAGGCUGUUGGCUACGAUGACUGGGUGAUCAUCGUCUCCUGGCUUGGAGCUUGCGGCUACACAGUCUGCAGUGUAAUACAGACAAAAUGGGGUUUGGGAAUCACCAGACUUGAAGACAUGCCUCCGCAAAAUGUGCUUCCCUUUGGCAAACUUCAAUUCAUCGGUGGUCCAUUCUACGUCCUCGGCAUCUGGGGCUUCAAGAUGAGCCUGCUGUUCUCCUAUCUGCGAUUCUUCCCGGCCGGCGGCUACAAGAUUGGCACCAUCAUCGUGGCGGUAGCUUGUACGAUGGGACACAUUGCCUUCAUAUGCGUCUUUAUCUUCCUAUGCACACCGAUCGAGAAGCAGUAUGAUCCAUCGAUCCCAGCAGACGUAGGCCACUGCGUAGACGCAAUCACAUUCUAUCUAACCUUUUCGUCCUUGACCAUCGUCUUUGACGUGAUAAUAAUGUUCCUCCCCUUCCCCGUGAUCCUCAAAUCCCAAAUCCAAAAACGCAAAAAGAUCGUCCUCCUAGCGCUCUUCAUUCUCGGCAUCUUCGUCACAAUAAUCCAAGCCAUCCGAAUCCAAACGAUCAAAAACCUCGUAAACUACCUCGACUCGGCCAAAUCAAUCCAGUGGUCCGUCGUCGAGACAUGCAUCGGCAUCAUCAUCUCCUGCGUCCCGACGCUGGCGCCCAUGGUGAAGUACUUUGCCGAGCGGAGCCGCAAUGCGGGCAGCACCGCCGGCGGCGGCGGUGCCUCGAGGCCGAAGAGCUCAAAGUACGCGCUGCAGACGUGGGGGACGAAGCGGAGCGGGAUGCAGCCGCUGGGCACGGGGAUCGAUAACCGGGACGCGGAUGGGACGUCUGUGAGUGGGGGCAGUUUGACGACGAAGCCGGAGGAUAGUACGGAGAAUAUACUCGAUCCGGGCGGUAUUGUCUCCAAGGGGAGGAUGCUGCAUGCCGCGACGCCGAGUGAACCCGAGUCGUGGACAGAUCCGACGGAUAAGGAGAGGAAGCAGGAUGUUUGA